GGGACGGAGGGAGAGCAGAGGAGCCGAGCUCGCCGCCAGCCCCGUCCGUCCGUGCGGCUCCGUCCCGGCUUUGUUGUGCUCGGGCCCGGGGGCGGGGAAGCGGAGGGAAGCGGAGGGAAGCGGGGAAGGCUCCGCUCCUCCUCCGCGGCCCCGGCCCCGCUCAUGGCGACGCUGGGCACAUCCGGGCCUCUCCUCCUUCUCCUCCUCCUUCGGCGGCCGCCGCUGCCCUGAGCGCCCGGCCCGGCUCCAUUCGCGCCUCCCCCGAGCCCUUGGCGGAGCAGCGGCGGGGGAGCCCCGGCCGGGGCCAUGUCCAACCCGGGGGCCCGGCGGAACGGGCCCGUCAAGCUGCGGCUGACAGUACUGUGUGCAAAAAACUUGGUGAAAAAGGACUUUUUCCGACUUCCUGAUCCCUUUGCUAAGGUUGUGGUGGAUGGAUCUGGCCAAUGCCAUUCUACAGAUACUGUGAAGAAUACACUUGAUCCCAAAUGGAAUCAGCAUUAUGACCUAUACAUUGGGAAGUCGGAUUCAAUAACAAUCAGCGUGUGGAAUCACAAGAAAAUUCAUAAAAAGCAGGGAGCUGGUUUUCUGGGUUGUGUCAGGCUUCUCUCAAACGCCAUCAACCGCCUUAAAGACACUGGUUAUCAGAGGUUGGAUCUCUGCAAGCUUGGGCCAAAUGACAACGAUACUGUUAGAGGACAGAUAGUAGUCAGUCUUCAGUCCAGAGACCGAAUAGGCACAGGAGGACAAGUUGUGGAUUGCAGUCGCUUAUUCGAUAACGAUUUACCAGAUGGGUGGGAGGAGCGCAGGACUGCUUCUGGAAGGAUCCAGUAUUUAAACCACAUCACACGGACAACUCAGUGGGAGCGACCCACACGGCCAGCGUCGGAGUACUCGAGCCCGGGCAGGCCCCUGAGCUGCCUGGUGGAUGAGAACACUCCCAUCGGCGGCACCAACGGCGCGUCCUGCGGGCAGGCGGCGGAUCCGCGGCUGGCCGAGAGGAGGGUGCGCUCGCAGAGGCACAGGAACUACAUGAGCAGGACACACCUGCACACCCCUCCCGACCUGCCUGAGGGAUAUGAGCAAAGGACAACUCAGCAAGGUCAGGUCUAUUUUCUGCAUACUCAAACUGGUGUCAGCACGUGGCACGAUCCAAGAGUACCUAGGGAUCUUAGCAACAUCAAUUGUGAAGAGCUUGGUCCACUGCCUCCUGGAUGGGAGAUCCGAAAUACAGCAACGGGCAGGGUUUAUUUUGUUGACCAUAACAACAGAACGACGCAGUUCACGGACCCGCGGCUCUCUGCAAACCUGCACUUGGUCCUAAACCGGCAGAACCAGCUGAAGGACCAGCAGCAGCAGCAGCAGCAGCAGGUGGUGUCCCUGUGCCAGCUCCCGGACGAGGCCGAGUGCCUGACGGUGCCGCGCUACAAGCGGGACCUGGUGCAGAAACUGAAGAUCCUGCGGCAGGAGCUGUCCCAGCAGCAGCCCCAGGCUGGCCACUGUCGGAUUGAGGUCUCCAGGGAGGAGAUUUUUGAGGAAUCCUACAGGCAAGUCAUGAAGAUGAGGCCAAAAGACCUGUGGAAACGAUUGAUGAUAAAAUUCCGUGGGGAGGAGGGCCUUGAUUAUGGAGGUGUGGCCAGGGAGUGGCUGUACCUGCUGUCCCAUGAAAUGUUGAAUCCAUACUAUGGGCUCUUCCAGUAUUCCCGAGAUGAUAUUUACACGCUGCAGAUCAACCCCGACUCCGCCGUCAACCCGGAACACUUGUCCUAUUUCCACUUUGUGGGCAGGAUCAUGGGGAUGGCUGUGUUCCAUGGGCACUACAUUGACGGCGGCUUCACGUUGCCUUUCUACAAGCAGCUGCUUGGGAAGCCAAUUACUUUGGAUGACAUGGAAUUGGUGGACCCUGAUCUCCAUAACAGCUUAGUUUGGAUACUUGAGAACGACAUCACCGGGGUCCUGGACCACACGUUCUGUGUGGAGCACAACGCCUACGGGGAGAUCAUCCAGCACGAGCUGAAACCCAACGGCAAAAGCAUCCCCGUGACAGAGGAGAACAAAAAGGAAUAUGUCAGACUUUAUGUGAACUGGCGGUUUUUACGAGGAAUUGAAGCUCAGUUUCUGGCGCUCCAGAAGGGAUUUAAUGAAGUAAUCCCACAACAUCUGCUGAAGACAUUCGAUGAGAAGGAGCUGGAGCUCAUCAUUUGUGGACUGGGAAAAAUCGAUGUUAACGACUGGAAGGCAAAUACCAGGUUAAAACACUGUACCCCCGACAGCAACAUCGUGAAGUGGUUCUGGAAGGCUGUGGAGCUCUUCGACGAGGAGAGGAGGGCGCGGCUGCUGCAGUUCGUGACCGGCUCCUCGCGGGUGCCUCUGCAGGGCUUCAAGGCACUGCAAGGUGCUGCAGGCCCACGACUCUUCACAAUACACCAGAUUGAUGCCAGCACUAAUAAUUUGCCUAAAGCUCAUACCUGCUUCAACAGGAUCGACAUUCCUGCCUACGAGAGCUACGAGAAGCUCUACGAGAAGCUGCUCACGGCCAUCGAGGAGACCUGUGGCUUUGCUGUGGAAUGACCCUCCCAGCCUCUCCCAGACUCUAUUUAUACUCCUGUCAGCCAGAAAGCCCUUCCUUCCCUCAGCCAAGACUCAAGAAAUGCUUGAAAUACAGGAAACUUUCCCUUUUCUACACUAGGACAUUGGGAGGGAAAGGACAACUUUUGGAUUUUUUUUUUUAAUUUUUAAAUUUUUUUAUUUCAAGAAAAUAGGUUCUGUGGUUCCUGCCAUAGGAUCAUUCAGCUGCUAUUAAAAACUAAUAUCUUGAACAUACAGAAUGCUGACUUUUCCUACAUUUCAACAGUUAAGCAGUAUUCUAUACUUAAAGACUACUACUAUUUUUGUAAGAGGUAAUCUAUUAUAUUUGCCUACCUGAUUUCUAUUCUCAGAUACCAAGACACAACUUCAGCAGUCGGUACAAGUCACGUUUCAGCCUGUUUUAAAUGUAUGAUACUGAACAGCAUCUAUACCUGCUAUUUUUGGAAAAAAAUAUUUUGGAUUAUUCUAACUUUGCAUAAAAUUGGCUGAAAGAAUCAUUAAUCUUUUUAAUGAAAGCCACUUACAUGUUAACUGCAUUUUCUUAUAGUAAACCAUUAUAUUCUGCAAUGUAAAUUCCAGGUAAAUGUUGCCACAGGGGCUUUUUUAUAUUUUUCAAGCAGGAAUUCCGAAUAUGACGUUUUGGGGUCCUAUUUAUAUCACUUGUCAGAUUCCUCCAGCAGAAUUUCUAGUGAGUGACACAGACUAUUUGGUACAGUCCUUGUGUUUACAUGUCGAAUAACCUUUUCUUAAUGAACAGUAGAUGUUUUGAUUUUUUUUUUUUAAACAGCAUUUUUCUAACAAGUCUGUCAAGAGUACUUUUUGUUGCUUUUGACCUUAAAUUGAAACACUGCAUUUUUCAGCUGUUGAAGCACUGAUGGGCUUUGCCAGCAGAAGCCUGUCAGCAGUUUGUUCCAGAAUCCAUCCUGUCCAGUCAACCAAAGUUUGUUUGAAUGCAGCCAAAUCAUAUUCUGUAUUUGUUGAUGCUAAAGAUUUAUCAGGUAAAACAUGUAAUCUCUGUCCAGCUGCUCAUGACACGUGGGUUUAAGUUACAGCUAAGGAAAAAUGGUGUAUUGACUGAAAUAUGUGUAAUGUGCUUUGGAAAUGAGGUUGUUAGAGCACAUAAUUUAUUGAUUGUAGGGAUGGAAGUAAGUAUAUAUAUGAUUUAUAGCAUGGGUUGAUCUCUUCAAAGGGGAAUAAAAUGCACUACCAGUAGAGGGAACUGAACUUUGAUGUUAGUUUGGAAAUUCUCAGUUGAGAUCUGUCUGAUCUGCUCUUGGUGUGUGGAUAAAUCAGGCUGCUUCAGAGACAGUGCCCUUCUCCUCUCAGCCACGAGAAUAUUUGGAAUAAGUAGCAGUUUUUUUCCAAUCAGUGUUUUGUUUUUGUAACUUAGGUUACAAUUAAUCAUCAAAUCUGCACUAUUUUUUCACUGCCAAUGAGAAGAAAGUCAAAGGUAUUGAAAAUGCUAAAGGGAUGGGAUGUAACCAGCUGUUCCAUGUUUGCAGGGUCAGUCACAGUGAACCAGCUCUUUACUGUCUGUUCUGUGGAGCUUAAACUAAAUUUUGCUUUGCCAAGUCUGACUGCCACAGUGAGUAAACUACUACUGGAUGCUGUGUGUUAGAAUAGUGGGCAAGGGACUGCUUUUAUAGAAUUGUGGUGAGAAUCUGGUGAGCCAAAGCCACAUGUUGGUUUGAUUAUUUCUGUUGUACAGCUGUUGCUGGCAGGUUUGUUCCAAGGGACUUGCUUCCCUUUCUGGGCUGGCUGCAGGAUGAGGCUACUUAGGGAUGGAAACAGAAAGCCAAGAGACUUGCUGGGACAGCCAGGCUGGAAACACAGCAGAUCCUUUUCAUUUCUCCUUUCCUUUCCUUUUUCCUCUCCUUUUUCCUUUCCUUUCCCCUUUCCUCUUUCCUUUCUCUUUCUUUUUUCUCCUUUUCCUUUUCCCUUUCCCUUCCUUUUCUAUCUUUUCUUACUUUCCUUUUUUUCUUUUCUCUCUUUUUUCUUUUCUCUUUUUCUUUUUCUUUUCCUUUUCUUUUCAUGUUCUCUUUUCAGUGGACUCUUGCACUCCUGUUGAAGGGCUGCUAUUUCUGCAUCUCUGCUGGGCUGCCCAGGUCACUCUGGCAGCAGUGACUCUGCCCCUGUGCCUGUGCAGCUCUGGGGAGCCCAGCAGGUUCCUGCCCUGAGUUUGUCACUCCAAAUGCUGCCCUGGUGGGGCCACUCCAGCCCUGCCCAGAGCUCUGCUCAGCCCCUGCCAGCUCUGAGGGCUCAGUAACAGCUGCAGGGCUUUUACAGUCAGGUCCUUGGGCUGUUCACAGGACACACCCCAGUGUCAUGGAACUCACAGAAGUGAUUUUUUAAGGGUUUGGUUUUUUUUUUUUUUUUUUUUAUCCCCCGUGUUUGCCCAGCCUGUGGCCACAGCCUCCCUGGGCAUGGAACAUGGCAAAUAUAAAAUCUGCCUGGUGGAUUUAUUGAAUGCACAGUUAUGGUCACCUUGCUGUCACAAAAGCACCUUUGGGGAGGGAGGAGAUGAGCUCUGCAGAACAGAGACCCGAGAUCAGCUGAUAAUUACAUUCAUUUUCACAGCAGCCUUAGCAGUACAUCUGUUUUUCUACUAAACAUUUUGGUAUGGCAUUGAGAAUUUUUUUAAACUGCUACAGAUAUUGUAAAUUUAAUAUAUUAUAGGCAAAACUAGACAAAUCUGCAUUGAACUUUCCAUAGCUGACAGAUGAGGAUGAAUAUACCAAGUAUUUUGAGUGCCUUUCUACCUUCAUAAAGACUGAGAGCUUUAACUAAAGCACCUCAUCACCCAGUCAGAUGUUUAUCUGAAAGUGGUAAAGGGUUGAUUCCUUUCCAAAAUUUUGUUUCAAGAACAUGUCAGCUACUUUCCCCUCAAAAAGGUGCUAAGCCUAAUAUUGCAUUUUAACCUUGGACUUUCACCCCAUGAUUAAUGUGAAUAUUUAUUUCAAUGUGUCCCUCUUACUGGGUUUUACUUUAUCCAGUCUUUAGUUGUUUUAGAGAGAUGUCACAUCAUGGUUUUAUGCUGUUGCUUUUCAUUAUGAAUGUUUAAUUAUGAACAGUGACUUUUGUAGAUUUCAAAUAUACAGUUCACAGUUGAGUUUCAGAGGAUUUAAUUUCUCGGUGUAAAGAGUUUUGUAAUGGUGCUUUGUACAGUAUGUAUUCUAAUUUUUUUUUUUUUUUUGCACAUAGGUUCAGUUUCCCUAAACUGAUUUAUUUGUACCAAAUUUUUGUGUUGUACUAAAGUCCAGAGCACACAAGCUGUUUUGAAAUUCCUGUUCCACAACACUACAUGUGUACUGAACUCCUGGUGUGUUUAAAAGGCUGCAUUGAUGGAAGUUCAAGCUCUGCUCCUCUGUCACAGCACCAUCCUCCAGCUCGAUGUAGCAUCUUUUUAAACAGCACCACCCAGUUAACAGGUGCCAUUUGUUGUACUUUACACUAUGUAGUAGGUUCCUAGCUCUGCACAUCCUCAGUUCUUUGUCUGUAGUUGUAAUUAGUUUAUACAAGUGUAAUUACUCCUCCACGAACUGACAGUUCUUAGUUUAUCAUUUCCAUUGUAUUUAUUACAGAGUGUUUUAGCAUUGGUAUCAUUGUAUUUUCACCCAGCUGUUACAUGAGCUUUAACAAAAAAAAAAAAUGUAUAAAAUGGUUUUUAAGUACUUAAUGUAUGUACCCAUGCAGAAGUUGAGCAAUAAAUUGUAUGCUGUUUGCACUGCCACAGCAUCAACGGUUUUAAAA